AUGACGUACGUCCUGCAAGUAUCAACAACAGAUGAAGUUAACACAACAAAUUUUUCCAUCAAAACAGAUAAUACCACAACUCGUCAUAACGUGGAUAAUCAUGAAAAUUGGAAGAGGGUGCUGGAAACUGCCCUGCCUAUCACAAACCUUUUCUCGGCAAAAGAUUGGUACAAUUCAAUGAAAACAGUGGAAGCAAUUAAAGAUGCAAACAAGUGUGGGGCACUUCAUUUUGCUGCUUUUGAAGGACAAACUGAGAUUUGUAAAUACCUGUUGGAGGAUUUGAAGCUCGAAAUUGAUUCGAGAGAUGAUGAUGGAGAAACUGCUCUCAUUCAUGCUGCACGACAAGGACACACUGCCACUGCUAAGUAUCUUAUUGACCAUGGUGCUGAUCCUACUAUUGCUAGCAAUUUAGGAGCUACGGCAUUGCAUCAUUCUGCUGGAAUGGGAGAUAUUGAGUUGCUUGAGCACUUGCCGUCCAAAGGAAUUAAUCCUGACUUAGAGAGUGAUGCGGGAACACCCUUGCCUAUCAGAGUGGAGUUGGACCUGUUGGAAUGGUUAAAACCAUAUACAGACGUGACGAUAGUUGAACUUGGAAAAAGGGGAGUGAAAAGUCUGUUGGCUGUUCCAAUUAGCUUUGUCAGUGAACAUAUUGAAACUCUAGAAGAAAUUGAUGUUGAAUACAAAGAAUUGGCUCUAGAAUCUGGUAUAGAAAAAUGGGGCCGUGUUCCUGCUCUAGGAUGCGAACUUUCCUUCAUUUUUGAUUUGGCAGAUGCCGUGAUUGAAAGUCUCUCAUAUGUUGGUGCCAUGGCAGUUUCAAACGUCAAUGCUCGACAGUCUUUGGUUCCGCUCGGCAGCGUAGAGGAGUUAUUAGCAGCAUAUAACUCGACAGAUAUAAUAAUAAGAGAUGCCUCUCCAGUAACUGUUAUAAUUUCAGAAGCCAUCGAGUCUCAUCUACCUAAGACAGCAAAGGAUAUUCCCAAGGCAACAAAAGCACCUACAAAAGUAAAGAAAAUGGGUGAGGAUUUAAAGAGAAAGGCAUUGACAGAAGCAACAAAUUUUCAACAAUCCAAUGCUUUUGAAAUCACAAGGAAAAUUUCAAACGAACCUUCCAGAAACUUUGUCUCCAAAACCGAUAUCCAUCCAUCUCCUUAG